AUGUCUAUCUCAAAUGAAGCUCUUCAAAAGCUGGUCCAAGAGAUUGAGAAUCAAGCCAUUCAGUCCCAACAACAAAUCGGCAUAGUCAGAUCGCAAAUCGCUAUCAAGCAACGCGAAAUUCGCAAGCUUGAAUUGACAGCCAAAGAGGUAUCAGAGCUACCAUCUGAUACCAGCAUGUACGAAGGAGUAGGGAAGAUGUUUGUCUUCAGCCCUACGAGCGAGGUAAACUCCCGCCUGACGACCGAGACACGCACACUCUCUUCAGAAGUCGAGAAUCUAGGCAAACGCCUCCAGUAUCUCGAGACGACGUUCAAGAAUAGCCGGGAGCACAUGGACCAGAUUUUCAAGAGCGGAGGGCGUGCAUGA